ACCCCUCUUUCUCCCAAUCAAGCCCACAGUCGCCGUCACAAACCCUAACAUCUGUCUUCGUCCCUUCCAGAGAGUUCCGAGCUUUUAACGCCGCCGGCGAUGUCGCACUUCGGCAGAUCUGGCCCGCCGGACAUCACAGACACAUACUCGCUCCUCGUUCUCAACAUAACCUUCCGUACCACCGCCGAUGAUCUGUAUCCCCUCUUCGAUAGGUACGGGAAAGUGGUGGACGUCUUCAUUCCGAGAGACAGAAGGACUGGGGAUUCGCGAGGUUUCGCUUUUGUAAGGUACAAGUAUCAGGAUGAGGCUCAGAAGGCUGUCGAAAAACUCGAUGGAAAACUUGUUGAUGGAAGAGAGAUAAUGGUCCAGUUUGCAAAAUAUGGACCAAAUGCUGAGAGGAUUCACAAAGGAAGAAUUGAGGAGCCUGUGUUCAAGACUGGGGGAAGAUCAAGGAGCUUCAGUCCUAAACCAAGGUAUAGAGAUAAUUACAGUGGACGGGAAUCUAGGAGGAGAAGCAGGAGCAGAAGUAGAGGAAGAUAUGAGCGUGAUCGAUACCGUGGAAGGGAAAGAGACUCUUACAGAAGCAGAAGCCGCAGUGCUAGUCCGGAUAAUCAUAAAUAUCGUGGAAGAGAUAGAUACGAUGAUGAGAGGCACAGUCGAAGUCGCUCUUAUGGAAGUCCGUCUCCUGGUAGACGUAGCUAUAGUCCAAGGAAGAGCCUAUCUCCCAGGGCCUCUCCCAAGAAUGGAAGCCCAAAUGCCGGGAAUCACAUUGAGCGUUCUCUUAGUCCAAGAAGUUUGUCACCACGGGGACGUCGGGCUGAUUCACGCAGUCAAUCUCCGCGUUAUGAUGUGGAUGAAUGAGGAUAAAAAUGGUUAUUUGAUGGAUACCCACCUUGGUUCCUUCAGAGUUUUCUUGCCGUUGAUGUGGGCAUGCCUGUACCAUCAUUACACCAUCAGCUUAGUGCUGUCUAGAAUUUAUUUGCAGAUACUUAUUUUGAAGGUUUCAACUCUUUUGUAGUAUUUGAUGCGUUCCAUUACUUUAUCUUGUUUGUGUGGAGUCGGCACUAGUGUUGGUCUGUCUUAACUUUUAGCUAUGCAUUGAAGUUUCAAGUAAAUCUGCCCUUUUAUUUACUACGUAAUUUUUUUUGCAAGAACUGAUGAGGUGGUUUUGAUGGGGAGGGAGGUGGGUUUCUAUUUCCGAAAAUGCUCAUUAAUAAACCUGUGCUGGUCUUCAGUCGUUUGUGUACAAGAAAAGGUGAUGUGGCUGAUUGGAAUGAUGAAGUAGCCGCAGCUUGUAGAUGCUGUUUUUUACUUUGCUGUUGGUUAGCAUGUUUUUGAUGCUGGUGAACCGGCACAUCACCAUAGAACAAAAUUACCCACCUGUCAUGAUUGCGUGAGUUUGCGGCUGUGGCUGUGAUGUGAUAGUAGCUGUGGUGUGUCUGUAGAAUGAUGAUUGUUGGUGGGUUUGUUGGUUGCUGAAAUGCUCUUUACACCCCCAUUGAUGCCUAGAUUUGCAGUAACCUGAUGCCGCAACUUUUUUUGUUGGUGUUGAUGAAAUGGUAGAUAAGUUGCUGCCCGGUCCUGCCGUGAAAUCGAUUUCCUUUGUGUAUGUAUAUUUCUAUCUUACUCCCUUAUUCCUCAGAUGAAGUUCACAUUAGCUUCAGGAGUAUUUAGAUAGUCUCAAUUAAAUAUUAUUUGGUGAAAUUACAAGUCAACUUCUGGGUAGUGGAAGCAAUGUGUAGUUUUUUGGUAAUGCCAUUUACUAAUUCUAGUAUAACCUACUCCGUAUUUUGGAAGCAAUUGGUUCCCCAAGAAUGUAGGGAAAUAUUUUAAAUGAGUGUUCUGUGUUUUUUGUGUUUAGGGAGAUGGGGAGGGUUAACAAUUUAUUUUAGAUUUCUUUUCUUGUACAAAAUUAAAUUUUCUAAAUUAGGAGAAUGAAUAUUUGGCUCAACAAUCUUGUCUUGCCUCCAUGCAAAUUCCAAUAGACAUUUGUGCAGUUU